AUAGCAACAUAGAGAUUUUUAUUUUUUGUACACCUUGAAUAACUUUGUAAGAUGGUCAACCAUUUGUGUAGGAACCUAGUACCAUGGAUCAAUUGUGCUAUAUUAGUUAUACUUGUUGUUCCAUUUCUAGUGGGAUUUUUGGGAUUUGGGUACUUGUUCUUCUCCAUCUUCAUAACAUCUACAAUAUUAAUUCUCUCCACCAUUUUCUUCAAAUUUUCUAAGCCCAAACCUUGUGACCUGACUGAAAACUCAUCAGAGAAAGAUCAUGUCCUAACCAGCCCUGACCAAAAAAUCCCAUUUCCCCAGUUGGAAGAUCAUGUUAAAGAAGUACCAGAUGACCAUGAAAACGAAUCUCAAGAACACCAAGACAUGAGCUCUCACGUGUCAGUUUCAUCGCAGAACUCACUAUCAGAAUUAAGUGACCAGUGCCUAGAUCACUCAUCGAUUACUGAGGAUUCUGAAGCAGAAUGGCCCUUCAGAGACAACAUCAGUGCCGGUCGAAAAACCGCGGUUUUCUCCGACGACGACGACGGAUCGAUCUCCGACGAGGAAAGCCUCAUUGAGAUUGCCCUCCCAAGUGGGCACUAUGUUGGUCAUGAUCAUGAUGGUUAUCUCAACAAAGAGAAACUAGUCUUUAACGUGAACCAGAAAAUGCCUGCAGAUCUUAAUAAUUUGUUUCCCGAGUGCAUCUUCAAGCAGAGAAGCUUAAUGGAGUUGUUAGCUGAGAUAAACGACAUGAAUGAAGAGGAAAACUUGAUCGAGAUUGACAUAUCCAUGGGGUCCAUCAAGUGUUCAAGGUUUGAGAUUGAAGCUUGAGAACUAUAAUAAGUUGAUACUUUAAUUAGCUUUUUUUGCUUUUUUUUUUUUCACCAGAGUUUAUAAUUUUCUUAGUAUAUUCAAGUUUUUGAUCCUUUCAAUGGAUUUCGGUUGGUAUAUGACUCUUAUUUAGGAUUGUUUUACAAUGUACAUUACUUUUGUGUUUUUGUCGUUUUAUGAUAAUAUGGGGGGUGCACUACGACUAUAUGGAGCUGCUUUGCUGAUCAUCUUUAUUAACUUUGGAUACCCAAUAAAGCACU